AUGAGCCGUCAGAAGAAGCAAAAGGAAGAGGAGGCGGUCGUCGAGGCUGUGGAGGAGGAGGAAUGCGGACCCAUUCCUAUCACCAAGCUCGAGCAACAUGGCAUCAGUGCUGUUGAUGUGAAGAAGCUUCAGGGUGCUGGCUUCUACACCGUCGAAUCGGUGGCUUUUUCGACCAAGAAGGCCUUGAUCGCGGUGAAGGGUGUAUCCGACACUAAGGCAGACAAGAUCCUCGCUGAGGCCGCCAAGCUGGUGCCGAUGGGCUUCACCACGGCCACUGAAUUCCAGAAGCAAAGAGCCGAAAUCAUUCAAGUCACAACCGGAUCAAAGGAGCUCGACAAGCUGCUUGAGAAUGGCAUCGAGACCGGCUCGAUCACGGAAAUCUUCGGCGAGUUCAGGACGGGCAAGACUCAGCUCUGCCACCAGCUGUGCGUCACCUGCCAGCUUCCGUUGGAUCAGGGCGGCGGUGAGGGCAAGGCUCUGUACGUCGAUACCGAGGGCACCUUCCGUCCGCAGAGGCUUCUUGCCAUCGCUGAGCGAUAUGGCCUGAACGGAGACGAUGUGCUGGACAAUGUAGCCUACGCGCGAGCCUACAACUCGGACCACCAGAUGCAGCUGCUGGCGCAGGCCUCGGCCAUGAUGUCCGAGUCGCGGUACGCCAUGCUCAUCGUCGACAGUGCCACGGCGCUCUACCGUACGGACUACUCGGGUCGUGGCGAGUUGUCGGCCCGUCAGAUGCACCUGGCGCGCUUCCUCCGCACGCUCCAGCGACUGGCCGACGAGUUCGGCGUGGCCGUCGUCAUCACCAACCAGGUGGUGGCCCAGGUCGACGGUAACGCGGCCAUGUUCGGCGCCGACCCCAAGAAGCCCAUCGGCGGUAACAUUAUGGCCCACGCCUCGACCACUCGCCUCUACCUCAGGAAGGGCCGCGCCGAGACCCGAAUCUGCAAGAUCUACGACUCGCCCUGCUUGCCCGAGGCCGAGGCCGUCUUUGCCAUCAACGCCGACGGUAUCGGUGAUCCCAAGGAGUAA